AUGAAGGCACUUGCAAAAGAAGGCCGAAUGCGGCCUGUCACAGGCCAAGCAGAGUUAUCUCCUCCACUUUUCCCCAAGACCCUAACUUUGAAAAUAACAUCACUCUUUCGUGGCCGUGGAGGUUUUAACAAAGGCCAGGACCUAGGACCUCUGGAACAUGUAGUUUUAUUAGGAGAGUUCCUACAUCCCUGCAAAGAUGACACAGUCUGUAGUUGUACUACAGAUGAAAAGAAGAUGUCUUAUUUCAAUGCUCCAGUUGAUUUACAGAACAAAGAACAACUUGGUAAGGUGGAGGAAAUAUGCGGACAACUUAGAGAUUUUAGUUUGUCUGUGAAAUUGUCAGAAAAUAUUAAGGCAUCUUCCUUUAAAAAAAAACUGCAGAAGUUCUAUACAGACCCAAAUAAACUGAUACCAUUGCAGGGGUUUUUAUCCCAACAUCCAGGUGAGAAGGGAACCCCAACAGGUGGUAGCAGGGGAGGCCAAGGAGAGGGAAGGGGAGAAGAUGACAGAGGAGAAAGAGGACGUGGAAGCAGAGGCUUCAAAGGAGGAAGGGGUGGUGGUGGUUUCAGAGGGAGAGGACACUAA